UUUUUUUUAAUUGUACAUGUAUAGUUGCAGGAAAGUGAUGUCAAAAAAUUAUUGUUUUGUAAAAAUAGUCCAAAGUAUUUGCAAGUACUUAAAAUUAAAAUAACUUAUGAAUAAAAGUAAUCAUGUAUUUCACUGUCGGUUGGCCAAAAGUGCUUAGCCUGGAUUUUCCAGGUGAAAAUUCGUCGAUUAAUCACAUUUGUUGUGAUGCUGUUAAAAUAUUGGUUGCAGCAAUUGGUGACAAUUUUAUUGGCAUUUGGUAUGCGAACCCUUUAAUUCCAAUUGUGUUUUAUCGACGUAAUGAAGAAUCCAUUGCUCAAGUGGGUACAAAUAAAACUAUUAUUUGGAAGCCAGAUUCUCGACAAUUAGCUAUCCUUACUAGUUUGGGAGUACUCAUUUUAUACCACAUUGAAUUUGAUGCUGAUGGAAAUGGAAUCCUAGCUCAGAUAGAUCCGCCAACUUCAAAUUUGAAAAGGGAUUCGGCGGAGCUUUUCAUAAAAGAAAACAUUCCAAAGCUUAGUCUGCGAGAACAGAGUUCUAUUAAAUUAGAUGCGCCGAUCACAACAAUUUGCUGCAUCAGCCUUACAGAAUUAUUGAUUGCAACAGAUCAAUGUGACCUUUUACGCGUUCAAUGGACUGAUUUGGAUGCAGAUACGGUUGGCGAAAGUGGAGAACUAGCUUUAGCACUUCAUGCGUCUAUUAACCUACGCAAUAUUCCCUUCUACGUUAAUAGGAAUUGUAAUUUAAAAAGCAUUCCUCCACUUGGUGAUAAUUCGUAUGUAGCUGCCCUGGAAUAUUCUCCAUUUAUUGGAGGUUGCGCUGCGAUUUUCAGCGAUAACCGUGCAGCCUUUUUGAUCGCAAUGCAUUUGCGUUUCGAACCACAAAACAUGCAUGGAUUCUGGGUUCCGGACGUUGAAGAUGCUACAGUUUGUAGUGUCAAUCACAAAUUUCGGUUAUUGGCUUACGGACGAAAAAACUCGGAUGUGGUUGUCUAUGCCAUUGAAGAUACAACCGGUGGUUUAGAAUUCUCUCAUAGAUUAUCUCUAAAUUCAAGUGUUAUACCAGGAUCUUUGGGUGAAGUGCGCGAAUUAAAAUGGAGUCCUGAUGGCUGUGUACUAGUCGUUGCAUGGGAAAAAGGAGGAAUAUCUUUGUGGAGUACUUUUGGAUCUUUGUUAAUGUCAUCACUAAGCUGGGAUUUUGGAUUGCAUGUCGAUUUAAUGCAUCACAAUCCCUUACAGGUCGGAAAGCUAGAAUGGUCCACUGAAGGAUACCACCUGUUUAUGACAUGCAAAAAGAAAUUAGGAGAAUCAUGUACUGAAAAUAAUAAUGAUAUUUACAAAGUUUUACAACUAAAUUUUGUUAAAAGUACACUGUCUAUGAAUCCCUGCAUGGCUUCACAUUCGCAUCUUCUUUUACAAGGGGAUGACACAUUAUAUAUUAAUCAAGGAGAUAAUCUCGAAAAAAUUUAUUUUGGCAACAAAUUUUCGUUCCCCAACAAUAGCUCAGAAGCAACAAAAGUUGAUUGCAACCUAGAUGAUAGUAUUGAUGUAAAAAAAUCUGUCGACAUUUCAAGCAUUCUCUCAGAAAGCAAGCUAUGGAACAUGAUACAACUUCCUUUGACUUACGCAUCAAGUAAUUGGCCCGUCCGAUAUUCAGCAAUUAAUGCGGAGGGCACCCAUUUGGCAGUCGCUGGCAGAACCGGAUUAGCGCAUUACUCUAUGCUAACUAAAAAAUGGAAACUAUUUGGCAAUGAGUCACAAGAAAAAGAUUUCGUUGUUUCAGGAGGAUUAAUUUGGUGGAAAGGUUUUAUUGUAAUGGGAUGUUAUUCUUUGCUGGAUCGCACCGAUGAAAUACGUUGCUAUCCAGAAGAAUGUAAAUUAGAUAAUCAAUAUGGCAAUAAGAUUCAAGUUCGCGCCCCUGUUAUCUCACUUAACAUGUUUCGAGAUCAGCUAAUCGCACUAACUGCUGAUGGUAUUGUCAGCCUCUUUGAGUUAAAAAAACUCGACGCCUAUUCAUUAAGUGUCAACUGCGCCUAUGAAGUAGAUGUGAAAAGCAUUUGCAUACAUCCCGCAUGCAUCGUUUCGCUCACUGUUACAAAUCUCCGAAAUGAUUUAACUGCGAAGACAGCAUCCACUUCAAGCGAUACCGCCGAGACUAUAAUUGUUAAUGUUUGUGGUCGAAUUUUAAUGAUACAACGUGAUUCCCGCAACAGUGUUAUAAAUUCAUUGAUGGCUUCGUGUCUGGCGUCUUGCGUUGAGUGCUUUUGGCUCUCUAAUGCUUUGGAAAAGAGUCCGAUGCGGGAUUGCUUAUGGCUGUAUUCUGGUGCGCAUGGCAUGCGGGUAUGGCUGCCUAUUUUGCCGCCUUCAAAUGAGAAAAUACACGAAGCGCCGCACCGUUUACAUACGUUCAUGUCGAAGCGAAUUAUGCUAUCCUUCCCGCUGAAGUUAUAUCCAUUGGUAAUCUUGUUUGAUAAUGUGAUUGUAUUGGGUGUUGAGAACGAAACCACGCUAUAUACUAGUGAAGCGAGCUCACAUUUUGCACUACCAUUUUGUUUGUUGGAGCGUAAAUCCCAAGUAUAUCUACAUAAAAUACUGCGCCAGCUUAUCAAGAGGAAUCUUGGCUAUAGUGCUUGGGAAAUAGCGAAAUCAUGUCGGUCUUUGCCUUAUUUUCCGCAUUCUCUUGAAUUGUUACUACAUGAAGUACUCGAGGAAGAAGCAUUGAGCAAAGAUCCAAUUCCAGAUGCUUUAUUGCCCAGUAUUCUUGACUUUAUACGCGAAUUUCCUGUGUACCUUCAAACAAUUGUUCAAUGUGCCAGAAAAACCGAAAUUGCGUUGUGGCCAUAUUUGUUCUCAAUGGCCGGCAAACCGAAGGACUUAUUUCAACAGUGUCUGCAAUCAGAGGAGUUGGAAACUGCCGCUAGUUUUUUGAUUAUUCUUCAAAACUUGGAGCCUUCGAUUAUUAGCAAGCAAUAUGCUACACUGUUACUGGAUAUCGCAUUACAAAACCGUAAAUGGGAACUUGCAAAGGAUUUAAUACGUUUCCUCAAAGCUAUCGAUCCCAAUGAAAUAGAUUCACCACGCUCUUCUAUGGUGGUAAACAUGAAGAUCGCACCACCUUCACAAACACAAUCACAAGUCAAUCAAAACGCCGAAGUUUUCAACAUGAUACUAGGACCUAUUGCACGGGAGCGUAGCUUCUCAACAACCGUUACCUCAAAUUUGCCGAAAGAGAAAAAAGAUAAACAAACUCUCCCAACAAAUUCAUUAAACUCCAAUACAUCGACCUUAACUGGAGCUCUAAAUGAGACAUCAGCGUCAUCUCUUCCAAGUAACGGCGGAGCUGCGGUGGUGCGUCGCAAAAUGGAGCGGAGUAAUUCCACGAGGGAUCGCAAAGAAAUAUUUUGUAUUGAAACCAUACUCCAAAAUCAUGCUCGAAAGUUACUGCAAAACCACAAGUUAAUCGAAUUGGGUUAUAUGAGUGCGUUUCUUGAUUUUCAUUUGGUAACGUGGUUGUCGCAAGAAAUAGAUCGCUCGGCGAAACUUGAUGACUACGUUGAAGCACUCAACUGUCUGCAUGAGGAACUCAAACUACCGCCGGCACUUUUGCAUACCACAUCAGAGGAUACUGAACUGUCGUUAGGGACAGACUAUACACAAUUGAAAAAACACUUUGCGAUAGACAACCAGCAUUCCCUUUUGCUGCGCCCCUCUAGUCAUACUUCGGAGUCGGGCUACUUCAGUUUGGCUCUAAUGGAUACGCCAACAAGUAUGAACAAUGGGAACACGAUACAAAACAACAUUACGGCUAUUAAGGAGCAUGAGGAGCUUCGAUAUAAAAGUGCACAGAUGAAUGAAUUUGUAAAGUCAAGAUCGAAUUCUCAAAUCUCAUUCGAUCAUAUCCGAUGCCGUCCAUCUAUUGCUUUGCAGGAUGAAGUGCCAAACAUAUAUUCGGUAAAUUUUGAUAACGCGUCAACAAAUGAGAAUAACUUGAGGAUAUUACCAGAAAAAUUGAGUAUUAAAAUUCGGUAUUUGCUUCAAUUGUUCAUUGAGGCGAACUGCAUUGACUAUGCUUUGGUGCUUUCGAUCUUGCUUCAUGACGCGGCAUCUGUUGGCCGAAUUGUCAACGUAAUGAUUCGUUCGGAGUCGGUUGCGAUUUGUCAAAGAAUAGAUGCGGCGCUGAAACGUUUGACACAGUGGUCUUUUGACAGAGACUCUAUAUACCGCCCAUUUAUGAUAUCGCUGCAGCCGCAUAUAUAUCAUCUCGACCAAUAUAUUAUAUCAGCGGCCAUUAAAUUCCCAAUGCAUCACAAUGUUGAGGACACUGACUUAUCUUUGGGAGUUCUACCCGAAAACAAAGUGGAUGGCUCAAAUAAUAUGGCUCAAACGACGCAUACCGGCAAUAUCAGCUCGGAUUGGGGCUUGGAAAACCAAGCUUCUGAAGGUUCUGCUAUUGAUCCUGGUGAUGCAUCAAAUAAAGCAGGCAAUAGUAACUUCAGGCGGUUGUCCAGAGAACAAUCAGGACGUACUGAAGCAGGUGCAUGCCGGAUUAUGUAAUUAAAGAAUGCAUUCCCAAAAAGUGUCAAUUACAUGCAAACACAGAUACAUAUGAUUCAUACUCACUCAUAUUAUUUUUAAACGAACAUCCGUACAUAGAUAGAUGUUCGUGUGUUUAAAGUUGAAUUUGAAAGCAAUAUAUGCAAAUAUUUCAUUAUUUACAAUUAUUUAGGAAAAUUUAAUAAAAAAAAAAUACUAACGAUAACCGUUAAAUAUUAGAUAUAUACUUUUUAUUAAUAAAAUA